AUGUCGUGGCUGCUGGCCAGCCUUGCGCGUGGCAGCGCGACUGGCGACAUCGAUGGGAUCAACAAUGUCGCGAACAGCACCGCCAGCCGUAGCCUUGGCAGCCGCACCUUUGCGGUUGGAGCUGCCAGCACUCCCGCGCCGAGCCUGCGUGGAUCGUCCACCGACGCGCAGCGAAGCUGCGCCUUCUGGGACGGCUUGGACAUCAAGGGCAGCGUGUGCCCGCAGCAGUGGCAGGGCCAGUACGCCGGGACUGCCUCGUGCAAGUCGUGCUGGGAGGGAGAGGACUGCGGGUGGACGUGCGGCCUGACGGACGGCACCAAGGCCAGCGUCGACCUGCAGGCGUACGUCCACGCGUCUCACGGAGAGGGCUACUGCGCUCGGAACCCGUCCAACGACCCGUGCCUCGGCUGGCAGGUGUUCGGCGAUGGCUGCACCGAUUGUGCAGCCAACGGCAUGAGGGGCGCGGAGGACUUACGUUGGUCCCGCGGCUGUCACGCACUUUGGGGGGCAGAGGUCACCCGAGUCUGGAUAAUACAAGAGGUCAUACCCUUUGUGACGGACUUCCACCACUGGCGAGUUCAAUUCCAGGUUGACCUCACUUCGAAGUCAAUAUUCCAGGCUGAACUUGAAGUCGCCUGA